UUGAUCAUUUCAUUUUUUACAUCUAAUUUUUGAACCAUAAACUUCUAUUUCGAUCAUAGAUUGAAUUACUCCAUACUCAUACUGAAUUAUACAACGUUCUUCUUCCUCUUCCUGAAACCCUAAUUUCAAAUUCAUUUCAAUCAUCAAAACUUCAAAAACAAAAUCCCUAAAUUAUUCAUCAAAAUCCUCAAUCCUCUCUCCAAUGGCUUCCUCCUCGAGCAGCGGAUUAACAUUCAAGCUACAUCCACUCGUCAUCGUAAACAUCUCCGAUCAUUACACGAGGGUUAAGUCUCAGAUGAAUCCUACACAUGCUCCUCACAACAACGCAACUAACAACGGCGGUGACGCCGUCGGUUCUUCUCUUCCACCGCGUGUUUACGGUUGUGUGAUCGGUGUUCAGAAAGGUCGCACUGUUGAGAUCUUCAAUAGUUUCGAACUUCUCUAUGAUCCUUCUACUCAUUCGCUUGAUCGUCCUUUCCUUGAGAAGAAGCAAGAGCUCUAUAAGAAGGUUUUUCCACACUUUUACAUAUUGGGAUGGUAUUCAACUGGGAGUGAUGCAGAAGAACCUGACAUGCAUAUUCACAAAGCUUUGAUGGAUAUCAAUGAAAGUCCGGUUUAUGUUCUUCUAAACCCUUCAAUCAAUCAUUCUCAGAAGGAUCUCCCUGUCAGUAUAUUUGAAAGUGAACUGCAUGUCAUAGAUGGGAUUCCACAACUUAUCUUUGUUCGCUCGAGCUAUACUAUUGAGACUGUUGAAGCAGAACGGAUCUCAGUUGAUCAUGUUGCUCAUUUAAAGCCAUCUGAUGGUGGUUCAGCNNCUACACAAUUGGCUGCUAACCUUACUGGUAUACACAGCGCCAUCAAAAUGCUUCAUAGCAGAAUAAAGGUGCUGCAUCACUAUCUUCUUGCAAUGGAAAAAGGUGAUGUUCCUUGUGAGAAUUCACUUUUAAGGCAAGUGUCAAGUCUCCUGAGAAGAUUGCCUGCUAUUGAAUCUGGGAAAUUUCAAGAUGAUUUCUUGAUGGAAUACAAUGACACCUUAUUGAUUAGUUACCUUGCCAUGCUGACCAACUGCUCAAGUGCAAUGAAUGAUUUGGUGGACAAAUUCAGUACUGCGUAUGAUAGGCAUAACAGAAGAGGUGGACGAACUGCUUUCAUGUGAACAUCGCCUUGUUGCUCAUUUCUAGUUCCUAGAAGCACUUUUCCAACUCUGUAGGCACAGAUUUUUGUCUUCUUUUUUCUGCUUAGGCAUUGGUUAUUGAAGCUUAGUAUAGCUUUUGGAUUUGAAGAGUAUAGGGAGAGUAAAAGAAGUUAGUGAAAAGUCACCAUAUUACCAUGCCCCCUCCUCCAACAAAAGAAAAAGGAAAUGUGUUGGUUUUUGCAUUUCUCUAACAAAAUUGAAAGUUGAGGAGACAGAGUUCAGGACAUGAUGUGGAUUUUCAUUGCCAUCUUUUGUUGAGCCACCAUCCUCCAUUUUCAUGUAUGUUGUGUCCAAAAUUCUUUUGCAUUUCUUGGUAGCAUAGAACUUUUGGAUAUUUAUUUUUCUAAAAGCAUUCAUGAAAAUAUAAUAAUAUACGAUUUUUA